CAUGCCGGGGGAUGGACACAUAGGAUAACACGCCGGGGAUGGACACAUAGGAUAACAUGCCGGGGAUGGACACACAUAGGAUAACAUGCCGGGGAUGGACACAUAGCAUAACAUGCCGGGGAUGGACACAUAGGAUAACAUGCCGGGAUGGACACACAGGAUAACAUGCCGGGGAUGGACACGUAGGAUAACAUGCCGGGGAUGGACACGUAGGAUAACAUGCCGGGGAUGGACACAUAGGAUAACAUGCCGGGGAUGGACACAUAGGAUAACAUGCCGGGGAUGGACACAUAGGAUAACA